UGCCCUGACUGCGGACCCGCGGGCUGGGCGGGGCGGGCCCUGACCGCGGUCUCCUUGCGUCCUGCAGGCUGGGAGCUCGCGCCGCGGCGCCCGGGCCGCCGGCGAUGAUCACCUAGGAGGCUGGCGCGGGCAGGCGCGAGCGGCGGAGGACCCGGGCGCGGCGACACGCGGCCAUGGAGCGGGAGCCGGCGGCGGCCCAGGAGCCCGGGUCCCCGGGUCGUCGCCGUCGGCGGCGGCGGCGCGGGGACGGCAGGACGCGCGUGGUGCGCUCCAACCUGCUGCCGCCCCCGGGCGUCGAGGACCCCACGGCUGGUGCGGCCAAGGGUGCGCGGCGGCGGCGGCGCGGGGGCACCCAACACCUGGCCGACAACCGGCUCAAGACCACCAAGUACACUUUACUGUCCUUCCUGCCCAAAAACCUUUUCGAGCAGUUCCACCGCCUGGCAAACGUGUACUUCGUCUUCAUCGCGCUGCUCAACUUCGUGCCGGCGGUGAACGCCUUCCAGCCCGGCCUGGCGCUGGCUCCCGUGCUCUUCAUCCUGGCGGUCACGGCCUUCAAGGACCUGUGGGAGGACUACAGCCGCCACCGCUCGGACCAUGAGAUCAACCACCUGGGCUGCCUCGUCUUCAGCAGGGAGGAAAAGCAGUAUGUGAACCGAUUCUGGAAAGAAAUCCGUGUGGGAGAUUUUGUGCGUCUUCGCUGCAAUGAGAUCAUCCCUGCGGACAUUCUGCUGCUGUCCUCCAGUGACCCGGAUGGCCUGUGCCACAUUGAGACUGCCAACCUGGAUGGAGAGACCAACCUGAAGCGACGGCAGGUGGUCCGCGGCUUCUCAGAGCUUGUCUCCGAAUUCAAUCCUUUGACGUUCACCAGUAUAAUCGAGUGUGAGAAGCCAAACAACGACCUGACUAGGUUUCGUGGUUGCAUCAUACAUGACAAUGGGAAAAAGGCUGGGCUAUAUAAAGAAAACCUGCUGUUGCGAGGGUGCACCAUCAGAAACACAGAAGCUGUUGUUGGCAUCGUCAUCUAUGCAGGACAUGAAACCAAGGCUCUGCUGAACAACAGCGGGCCCCGCUACAAGCGCAGCCAACUUGAGAGGCAAAUGAACUGCGACGUGCUCUGGUGUGUCCUCCUCCUCGUUUGUAUGUCUCUGUUUUCUGCGGUCGGACACGGACUGUGGGUACGACGGUAUCAAGAGAAGAAAUCAUUAUUUGAUGUCCCUGAGUCUGAUGGCAGCUCUUUAUCCCCAGUCACAGCUGCAGUUUACUCGUUUUUGACAAUGAUAAUAGUUCUGCAGGUUUUGAUCCCAAUUUCCUUAUAUGUUUCCAUUGAAAUUGUUAAAGUAUGCCAAGUGUACUUCAUUAAUCAAGAUACAGAGUUGUACGAUGAAGAAACAGACUCACAGCUGCAGUGUCGAGCUCUGAACAUCACAGAAGACUUAGGGCAGAUACAGUAUAUCUUCUCAGAUAAAACUGGCACUUUAACUGAGAAUAAGAUGGUUUUUCGAAGAUGCACUGUGUCUGGCAUAGAAUAUUCCCAUGAUGCAAAUGCCCAGCGUCUGGCCAGGUACCAGGAGGCAGACUCAGAGGAGGAAGAGGCAGUGCCCAGAGGGGGCUCGCUGCCCCAGCGCAGCAGCAUUGGAAGCCAUCAGAGCGUUCGUGUCAUGCACAGGAGCCAGAGCACCAAGUCACAUCGGCGCACAGGCAGCCGGGCAGAGGCCAAGCGGGCCAGCAUGCUGUCCAAGCACACGGCUUUCAGCAGCCCCAUGGAGAAAGACAUUACACCUGACCCAAAGCUGUUUGAGAAGGUGAGUGAAUGUGACAGGUGUUUGGCCAUCGCAAGGCACCAGGAACACCCACUGGCCCACCUCUCACCAGAGCUCUCUGAUGUGUUUGACUUCUUCAUCGCCCUCACCAUCUGCAACACAGUAGUAGUCACAUCUCCGGAUCAGCCACGACAAAAGGUGAGGGUGAGAUUGGAGGUGAAGUCCCCCGUGAAGACAAUAGAAGACUUCCUACGAAGGUUCUCACCCAGCCGUCUGACCUCUGGCUGCAGCAGCAUCGGGAGCCUGGCCACCAACAAGACCACCCACAAGUCAGGGUCCAACUUUCUGUCCACCCUGUCCAAUGACAGCACGCUGCUCAAGCUGGAGGAGAGGCUGGGCCAGCCAGCCCCACCCAUUGCCAGCAAUGGCUAUAGCAGUGGGGCUGCCAGCUUGGCCCCGGAGAACACUUCCCAGGAGCAGGAGCUGGAACUGGAGCAGGAGCGGGAGCAGGAGCGGGAGCUGCGUUAUGAGGCCGAGAGCCCCGACGAAGCAGCCCUUGUGUAUGCUGCACGGGCCUACAACUGUGCACUGGUGGACCGGUUGCAUGACCAGGUGUCAGUGGAAUUGCCCCACCUGGGCAGGCUCACCUUUGAGCUCCUGCACACGCUGGGAUUCGACUCCAUUCGCAAGAGGAUGUCAGUGGUGAUCCGGCACCCACUCACCGAUGAGAUCAAUGUCUACACCAAAGGAGCUGACUCCGUAGUCAUGGACCUCUUACUGCCUUGCUCCUCAGACGAUGCCAGAGGAAGGCAUCAAAAGAAAAUCCGAAGCAAGACUCAGAAUUACCUCAACUUGUAUGCAGUGGAAGGUCUGCGCACCUUGUGCAUCGCCAAAAGGGUUCUGAGUGAAGAAGAGUAUGCCUGUUGGUUGCAAAGCCACUUAGAAGCAGAAUCCUCCCUGGACAACCGUGAGGAGCUUCUCUUCCAGUCUGCCAUUCGCUUGGAAACGAAUUUGCAUCUGUUGGGUGCUACCGGGAUUGAAGACCGCCUACAGGAAGGAGUCCCAGAAACCAUUGCUAAAUUGCGUCAAGCAGGCCUGCAGAUUUGGGUUCUCACCGGUGACAAACAAGAAACAGCCAUUAACAUUGCAUAUGCCUGCAAACUGCUGGACCAUGAUGAGGAAGUCAUCACCCUGAAUGCUGAAUCCCAGGAGGCCUGUGCGGCCCUGCUAGACCAGUGCCUACACUACGUGCAGUCCAGGAGCCCCCGCAGUGCCCCUGAGAAGACCACAGACAACGUGAGCGUGGGGUUCUCCCCUCUCUGCCCGCCCUCCACGUCCACCACCUCUGGCCCCAGCCCGAGCCUCGUGAUCGAUGGGAGAAGUCUGGCCUACGCCCUUGAGAAAAACCUAGAAGACAAAUUUCUCUUUCUCGCUAAGCAGUGCCGGUCAGUCCUUUGCUGUCGCUCAACACCUCUGCAGAAGAGUAUGGUGGUGAAACUGGUCAGAAGCAAGCUCAAGGCCAUGACUCUGGCCAUAGGAGAUGGAGCCAAUGAUGUCAGCAUGAUCCAGGUGGCAGAUGUGGGUGUGGGAAUCUCGGGCCAGGAGGGCAUGCAGGCAGUGAUGGCCAGUGACUUUGCAGUGCCGAGAUUUCGAUACCUUGAGAGACUCUUAAUUGUUCAUGGACAUUGGUGCUAUUCCCGACUUGCCAACAUGGUGCUGUACUUCUUCUACAAAAAUACAAUGUUUGUGGGCCUCCUGUUUUGGUUCCAGUUUUACUGUGGCUUCUCAGCAUCUGCCAUGAUUGACCAAUGGUAUCUGAUCUUCUUUAACCUGCUCUUCUCGUCACUUCCCCAGCUUGUGACUGGGGUGUUGGACAAGGAUGUGCCAGCUGAUGUGCUGCUGACUGAACCACAGCUCUACAAGAGUGGUCAGAACAUGGAGGAAUAUCGGCCACGCACGUUCUGGUUAAACAUGGCUGAUGCUGCCUUCCAGAGCCUGGUGUGCUUUUUCAUUCCUUACCUGGCCUACUAUGAUUCGGACACAGAUGUGUUUACCUGGGGGACCCCCAUCACGGCAAUCGCGCUGUUCACCUUCCUCCUGCACCUUGGUAUUGAAACCAAGACCUGGACCUGGCUCAACUGGAUAGCUUGUGGCUUCAGUAUCCUUUUAUUUUUCACUGUGGCUUUGAUUUACAAUGCUUCUUGUGCAACGUGUUAUCCUCCGUCCAACCCUUAUUGGACUAUGCAAACAUUACUGGGUGACCCCGUGUUUUACUUGACUUGUCUCAUAGCACCUGUUGCUGCACUGCUUCCCAGAUUGUUUUUCAAAGCCGUGCAGGGGAGCCUUUUCCCCACCCAACUUCAGCUGGGACGCCAGCUGGCCAAGAGGCCCCCUAAGAAAGUCAUUGCUCCCAAAGAGACCUUUGCUCAAGGACACCUUCCAGGAGAACCCAGAACUGAAUCGUCUGAACAGAGGAGCAUCAGUACCUCUGGAUCCCUCUCCCAGGACUGCACCUCACAGGCAUCUUGGCAUAUGCAGCGGCCAGCCUGCUCUCCAGAAGCUCGUGGGGAGCCCAAUGUGGUGGACAUGAACGUGCCUGUAAGGGAGGACAUUCUGCUAGAAGGGCUGAGCAGUCAGGCUCCGGGGUCCUCCAUGCCAAGGGAGGCUAUCCUGGAAGGGUGUCCUGGGGACUCCAAGAUGAAACCCACCAGCACCAGUAGGGCAGCCCCCCUGUCGUCCAUUUUUAGCCUGCCCAACUUCAGCUCAUUCAACUGGAUUUCCCCCUUCUCACUGGUCAAUGGGCUAGGAAGUGUCUUACAGUUUUCUCGAAGUAGUUUACAGAUGGACAAGAGGGAUAGCGAGUUCUUGCCUAGCCCGCCUCAGCCAGACCAGGAUCUUUGUGGCUUAAGUGGGCAGACCACCAACUACUUCUAGGAGCAUCUUCCAGGGACUGCAUCUGAUGGCAGUAGCAGUGAAAACCUUGAAAUAGCCUCUUUUUUAUAUAACUUAGAUGUUAAUAUUAUUUAUGUUUAUUAUUUGCACAGAAGAGUUCUAGUGAGAUGUAUUUUAUGUUUCCAGGGCUAACACAGGAAAUAAAAGGUACCAAAAAGAAAAUUUAUUUUUUAAAACUUCUAAGUAGAAUAUAUUGAAAAGGAAAAUAAGAG